AUGGAGAUGAAGCGACAACCCACCGAAACAAGCGAAGGUGGAAGAACGGAGAAGAAGGAAAGAUCGGACUCGCCUGCUGGAAGUUGUUUUUUGCCGCAGAGCCUCGCCGUCGAACACUCUCCGAAGCUGAUUCCCUGUUCUGGCAUCGGAAUGGAGUCGCCGACGGUCAGCAGUACACUGUUGAUUGACCUUCUACGUCGAGCUCCAUUGUGGGAGUGA